UAUUUAUUAUUUUUUAACAGUUUCUUUUUAAGGCAUUUAAAAUGAAGAGAAAAUUGGGAUAUAGUUUUAAAAAUAAUUAUGUUCGGUCUUUUUUUCAGGAAUUUAAGCUUUUUAAAGGGUUAAGAGGAUAUAUUAUUAGAGACGAUAUGAUGAAAUAUUAUUUUUGUAAUAAAAGUCUACAAAGUUUAAAUCAAGAGGAACAAGAAUUAAGAUAUCCGACAGUAUUUAGUCAUAAACGUCUUGGAAAUAUUGAAAUGUCAUGUAAUAUUGUUAAAAGUAUCCAAGAUAUUAUUAAAGAUUCUCAAUCUAAUAUUCGAUUGUCUGCUAUGAAAAUGCGCACUUUAAGAGGGUUUCAGAAAAGUAAAAACAAAUUUUCUGAAAUUGAAGCAGAUUCAUAUCUUUUAUAUAGAAUGCCUCAGGUUUACGCAUCAUUAUAUAAUGUAAUUAAUGAAUUGCGGUCAAGACUUGGUGAGGAAUGGGUUCCAGAGAAUGUUUUAGAUUGUGGAGAAGGACCUGGUAUUGGUGCUUUAGUUAUUCAAGAAUUAUUUUCAAAUUCUAUUGAAAAAGUGAAGAAUAUAAUAGUUGUAGAACCGAUAUAUACUAUGAGAAAACGUGCACUUUAUCUUCAUAAAGCUAAUAAGACGAAAAUUAUUUCAAAUUUUUCAUCUAUUACAAAGUUUAAAUUUGAUUUUAUUAUUGCAAAUCAUACAAUUUUGGAUACAAAUGCUCCCGGACAUAUUUCUAGCACUUAUAUAAAGAAAUUGUGGGCUAAAGUUUCGCCAGAAAAUGGUAUAUUGCUUCUUUUAGAAAGAGGGAAUCCUCUUGGUUAUGAGGCUGUAGUUAAGGCUAGACAAAUAAUUUUGUUUAACUCUGGUUCUAAUUCAAAAGAAUCAGAAGUUAAAAACAUUGGUCAUGUUAUUUCACCGUGUCCUCAUGAUAAACAAUGCCCUCUUUAUCUUGAUGGUCAUAGAUUCAAUUCUAAAAAAUGGUGUCAUUUUGGUCAAAGAUUAAUUACACCUGCAUAUUUACAAAAAAUAAAGCAUUCUUUUUCUAAUAUAGAAAAUUCUAAAUUUUCUUAUUGUAUUAUUCGAAAAGAAAUUGUUAAUCCUAGCUUGAAAGAAUCAAAAAUUAACCUUAGUAAAGACAAAUUAUUCUUUGAUCCUUAUGGUUGGCAUCGACUUAUUUUACCACCAUUGAAAAAGCAUGGACAUGUUAUAAUGGAUACAUGUGUAUUUGAUGGUACCAUAAAACGAAUGAUAAUUUCAAAAAGUCAUGGUAAAUUGCAAUAUCAAAAUGCUAGAAAGGCGUAUUGGGGAGAUAUAUGGGCUCUGAAGUCAUAAUCUUUUAAAAAAAUGUAAACAGUUAAUAAUAUACAUUGAAAGUAUA